AUGGCCCCAUCUAAGCCUCAGGGACCCUCAGGGACCGCCCCAAGCUAUCGAAGCUUGACCCUGCGGAAUAUCAAACAGCCCCCAAAACUAGCACAGAAGAAGGCUAACAGCCCACAAUACUACUCCGAUGAUAGCUCUCUUGGUUUUACUCGUGAAGGUGGUGAACAGUGCUUGGAAUAG